GACAAGCAUUUCAAGCAAAAACAUUAGCCUCGGGGGGCCUUCAGAAAAAAGCGGCUUGUGGUAGCGAAUAUUGAGCGAAGUCGUGCCGUAGUCAGCUGAACGCCUUGCAAAGCAACCGCGGGACGUCAGACGUUCGUGCGAUGAGCCACUUUUUGAAGGCGUUCUAACUACGUGCUUUGUUUGGUGCGCGUAGAAGUGGAAGUUUCACGGUGGCGAAAAAUCGCACGCGCCGAGGGGAGUAGUGACCGAUGGCUGCGUCUCCGGAAUCAAACAUGGCAGAUUUUGACGCAAUCUACGAGGAAGAUGACGACGAGGAGCGAGCGAAUGAGGAUUCGCUUGUCAGUCUCGUGCCAGAACCCGUGGUCAUCCGAGGAGCGGGCAACAUGACAGUAUUUGGGCUGAGCAACAAGUUCGACACCGAGUUCCCGCCUACGCUAUCAGCCAAGGUGGCACCUGAAGAGUUCAAGGCGACCAUUAUGCGCAUAAACAGUGUUCUGCGGAAAACAUUGCCAGUGAACGUGAAGUGGCUCUUUUGUGGGUGCCUGUGUUGCUGCUGUACUCUUGGCUGUUCCCUGUGGCCCGUCGUCUGUCUCAGCAAAAGGACACGACACUCAAUAGAGAAGGUCUUGGAUUGGGAGAAUAGCCAUCUUUAUCACAAGCUUGGACUGCACUGGAAGCUUGGAAAACAGAGGUGCGACUCCAACAGCAUGAUGGAAUAUGUGCUUCUUAUCGAGUUCAUCCCCAAGCUGGCCAUUCAUCGACCAGACUAAAAGCCGUCCAAUGUCACUGUCAUCGCAUCCGGACCAAGGUUGGACAAAAGGCAGCGUCACCGAGGGAGUGCAUCUGCAGUGAAUCUCAAAAAUGCCGGACGCUGCGGGAGUGACGGUGUGCCUGCGGGCCAAAGACUGUCUUUGGCCUGCACGGUGGGAUGGUGUUUUUUCUGGCUGCAACUGUGGAUACGUGCUUGGUCUCGGGCUAGCUGCGCAACACUGACGCACGUGGUUGGGAUUCUACCGCUCAACAGCAGGAAACAUGAUUGGGGAACCACAGUGCACACUGCUGGUGUUCCUGAGGCCCUCAUUUGCAUAGUCAUACGUUUCUGCGUUGUAAGCGUGUACUAUCGCCCAGUUAUAUUUGUCGAGAACAGUGGCAGUGCUGAGAGAAUGCCACCCUAGUUCGUCGGGCUGGGCACUGUGUCGUGAAUCGCUGCCUGUCACCUGAACAAGACACUUAUAUAACGUGAAUGUUGAUUGACAGCUAAUGCUAUACCAGAAUGCACAAAGCACAGACGAGCCACGUCAAGUGGAAGUUCUGCCUGCUAACAAAUGUUUGCUGGAAAUGGGGAACGAACUCGUUUCGCAACUGUUCGGCACAGACAGCAGCUUCUAUUCUCAUCGUAGUUCGUAAAGUUGAGUGCAGGAAGAAAAAAAGAAACAUUACACUGGUGCCUUUUCAGCAAGGUGAACAUAAUGAGCAGCAUCCUACUACUUUACUGGUGCGCAUAGUGUGUUACUGUUCACUGUAGUCAACACUGUUUUUUCAUAGCAAAAUGCAUACCUUCACCGUAACAGCUUGUACGCUAUUUUUAUGUCGCAAGCGCCAAUGUAAGGUGUCGGUGUUGCGAACAGGGGCUUGUUGGUUAUGCAAGCAUAGCACAGGCAUGUUGUCUGAAGUUUGCUUUUGGCUAAUGUUUUGUUAUUGGCAGCAAGUUUUCUUGCUGUUUCUAACAGCAGAUGCUCCAUUAUGUGAGAAGUUUCAACGUUGCAAAACAAAAACAAUUUGUUUAGCAUUUGUGUGGACUGGCAUUUCAGGUGCGAAUGACUUAUAUGAUACAUAUAAAAGUGCAAUAGGUUGGUGCACAAUUGUUGCACGAGUACCACAAGAGUCAGCUAGUUUGUUUGCAGUGGUUGCAUUUUAGCACGUCAGGCUAGACUUUGUGGCCCCAGCAUACCCAGGUAGGUGCAGAGAGACACGGGCACAUCUAUCUGCUUGUGAUGCCUAUACUGGUGGCUAACUUGUUAACUUUCUUAACUCUGUAGGUAGUAGUCGGAUACGUUAGAACCUUGUUGAUUACAUUCCUGGUUCAUGCAAUUUCACACUUUUUACUCUCACAUGCUGGAACAGUGAGAUUACCCUCUUCAAACGAUACAUUGUCCUGGAUACCAAAAGUAUUGCCUCUAUGAGAUUUUUUCCUUUUGCAAAACGUGUCAAUGUGGUUUUUGUAAUUACACGCGCAGUUGAAUUGUUUUACAAGGGCCAACAAGUAACCACAGCGCCUAAGAAAGCUAUGGCACAAGAUUCCCUCAGGUGCUUGUAGAACGCAGUGCAACAUCGAUCAUUGAACUUUGUGAACACAAUGUUAAAUUUACAGACAGUGGUUUAAAAUAGAGACAAAAGUCUUUCUGUGGCAAAACUUGUUAGCAGGUGUACGUUAAUUGUACAACCAUGUAUCAAUGUAGGUCUUGUAGUUGUGAACAUGUGUAUUGCAGUCACUUCCACUAAGAAAGAGAUCUAUGUUCUGGUUGCUCCCAUAACUUCUAAGUGCAUUUAUUGCUUCUUAAAUGUUAUUCAAAUGUGCUAUGCUGCCAUCAUAGCUGCAACAAUUUCGAGAUUUGUGCGGAUUUUGGUGCCUCCUCACUUUGGCAGGCGGUGCGACUAUUUAAUAUUCAGGACUGUAAACUUCUGAAAUAUUGGAGCAGCGAAUCGUAUAUGGUUUUUUUUUUUUUGUGAUCUUGCCAUCGGAGCAGUCGUGUAUUACGAAAGGAAAUGAACAGCGACAACUAUUGGCAGAUGUAUUUCAUAGUUUAGUUAAACUGUUAAAAUACUAUGGAUGCCUGAAAAAGAGGAGUGUAAGCAGAGCUGUCGUGCUUCUGUGUGUUUCUUAUCGCCUUAUGUGUUAUCGCAGGAGUUGUAAUAAAUGUAAUAGUAAGACGUCAUUUACCAAUACCUUUGUGGCAGUAAUAAAAGAUUAACCUUUGGCAAUUAUUUUUUAAUAAGCAAUAUAAUCGCAGUAUAGUACGAUUGGAUUCAAGGCCAGAGUGGUGUACUACCGGUGGUUAUAUUUACGUGCAAUUUGAGCCUUUUAUUUUCAUAUUCGUAUUUACUACAACUGAUGCAAGUUAAGCAUGACCAUAUAUUAGCACUAGGCAAGUAGGUACAGGACUUAAGAUCGUUGUUGCCAUCAUCAACAGUGCAGAAGAAUGCAACAGCAGUUUUUAAAAAAAUAAUCGUAGGUACAAAGCCAAGCUCAUAAUGUGCAUUGCCUUGAGACAUCGACGACAUAGUACAUUGCGAUAUCUUUCACUUCAAAUCUUGUAUGAUACUUGUACAUAAAUUAUUCACCAGAUCAACAUGCUUCAUUAAUGAGGGGAUAAGGGUGUGACACUGUUGGGGCACCAGAAGCCUUGUGAUGGCUUGAAGUACUUGAUGGCCGACGUACUUUACUACUAUAUCACACGCAGUUGACUCCGCAAAAAUGCGUACUAAAACACGCUUUGGUGUUGCUGUUCUCCGUGCCGCGUACAACGCCUCAUCCCCAGAGUCUCUGCUCUCUAUUUAUUGUUGGCACAAUUUACUGCGUGAUCUGACAGGGCUGGCAGACCUAUGCAUAUCAAAAAAUGUAUGUUUACUCCCUUUUCGCUUUUGUGUGCUUGGAAUAAAAUCCCAUGUAAAGUGAAGCGUG